UAGUGGACGUGACACAGAAACUUGUACCGUCACGUGAUACGAAGAUGUCAUAUCUCACUGAAGUAAAACAUAGUGGUGCUCGUGUGCAACCACGUCAGACCCAUUCAAGAGAACAAGAAGAAGAGGCAAAUGAAGAUAAAAUGGAUGUCUACGCUGUUGCACCUCCGAUUGCAAAGAAACCCUCGCCUCGUACAAUACGUCCCUCGCCUCGUACGAUACGGAGACAAAGGAUCACGGCGCACCAAAGUGAACGUCCAGAUACGGUUACUCCUAAAAACGUACACCUUCGGAACAAAAACGAAACAGAAAAACCAGGAUCUCCAAUUCUAAGUACAAAAAGAGAGAAGGCAGCACAAUUUGGUCCUGUAAUUCCUAAACAAUCAGGUCAAGAUAUGAUAUCAGUACAUCAACAACAGCCAGAAAAAUAUAUAGCUUUGUACGAUUACAAACCAAGUUCGGAUGAUGAAAUCGAACUCAAGGCAGGCCUUGUAGUGACGGUCUUGAAAAAAUGUGAUAAAGAUUGGUUAAUUGCUGAAGCAAGCGGGAGACGUGGAUACAUCCCUAGGAAUUACAUAAAGAAGGCUGGAGAUAAAAAUCAAGGUGGUGACUUUAAAAAUGAACUGGAGAUGGUAUUUCAUCGCCGUGCUGAGUUAAACAAGUCUAUUGAUAGAGAAUAAUAAGUAAAUAAUAUUUAACUUACGGAAAGUGGUGUAUAUAUUUCAUCAAUAUCAAAACAAGACAAAAUGUAUAUUCAAGAAACAUGACAGAUCAUAUGAAACGAUUAUUUUUUGUAUUGUAUCUUAUUGUAUAUUCAGAUCAUUUUAGAACCAUAUUGUAUUCUUGUAUACAAGUAAUUGAAUGUUACAUUACCAAG